GGCGACAUCCCAGUGAGUGAGCAAAGUCAGACAAAAUUGGCAAGCCAUGGAGAAUGAGCAAAUAAAACCAACAUCCUCUGCUUCUGCCACUUCUGGAACAUCCUCUCCAACUCAGCCUACUCCUGUCUAUAGCAGUUCAGAUCGCCAUGCUGUGCAGGUUAUCCAGCAGACCUUGAAUCGUCCUGCAAGUUCAGCAGCACAUUACCUUCAGCAGAUGUAUGCAGCUCAGCAGCAACAUCUUGUGCUACAGACAACUGCUCUGCAACAACAGCACUUAAGUAGCACACAGCUCCAGAGCCUGGCAUCAGUUCAACAGACAGGUGUUUCUGGGGAAAGAUGUUCUAUAUCGACAGUCAAUAGUUCUGAGCAAUCAAAUACCCCUCAGUCAUCAAUUAAUCUUUCUACUUCCUCUGCAUCUCCACUAAUUAUAAACCGAUCCCAGACAACCAGCUCCACCAGUAGUAGCAUUAACCAAAAGACAAUGCUGUUGGGAAGUACUUCUCCAGCCCUCAGUGCAAGCCCAGCCCAGAUGUAUCUCAGGGCACAGAUGCUUAUAUUUACACCGGGUGCAACUGUAGCUGCUGUCCAAUCUGACCUUCCUGUUACAACAACAUCAUCUUCAUCUUCCUGUCACACACCAGCGACCCAGGUUCAGAACUUAUCACUAAGAAACCAGCCCAUGGUUGAGAUGCCUUGUCCACAGAAAAGCAUGCCAAAAAUCAACAGCCAUGAUCAUCUGUCUAUUUGUCACAAAACAACUAUAACUAGUACAAAAUCCAUCCACACAGAUUCUUUGAAUGGUGAUAACACUAAAGGGGAAAAUUCUGGCUCAGAGUCUUCUGGCACAGCUGUUACGUGCACUUCCAGUUUACAGCAGCUGAUAUCACCAGUGUCAUAUGCUUCAGUUCAUCCUCUUUCUCUGGUAAAACAGCCAACAAUUCCUCUGAAUUCAGAGUCACCUAAGAUGUCCCAUCAUCCAGUUAUAUUACAGCAGCAACAACAACAAAUACGACACAGACAUCAAAUUGAAACCAUUAGUUUACACAAUCCAGCUUUAGAGGCAUCGUCUACGCAACAUUGUGUUCCACUUCAGAGUCAGACUUUUCUGUCUCAUUCACAACAAUGCACUCCUGCCUCAACUCCACAUUCCUCAUCUCCAAAUGUCACACACUCAACUCAACAGUCUGUAGUGGUGUCUCCACCACUGACUCACUCCCCAUGUCAGUCUCCUACAAUUAUUAUUCACCCACAGCCUCUCAUUCAGCCUCAGACCCCUUUACUUGUACAGUCAACUUUGACGCCAAGAAAUCGUUCACAUUAUCCUCUCCAGAGUACUUUGCAGUCAGUGCCGCAUCUCACUCUCCCAGCUGAUAUCUCACCUGUUGUGUCACCAGGAGCACAUACUGGAUCACUUCAACCACAAACUAUAAUUUCAUGUAGAGAGCAGUUAAUAUCACCAAGUACAGAGAAAGAGCAACCUGCAGUUCAGCCUCUGCCACCAUCAAUAGCAAACUCUACACAACUGUCAACAGACACAUUUCAUAUUCAAUCACUGCCUUUGCAGGCUGUGCAAGCAAUAGCAGUUCAGCCAGAAAUAUUAACACCAGGUGAAGUGCUGGUGCAAAAUGCUUUACUUUCUGAAGAAGAACUUCCUGCAGCAGAAGCAUUAGUACAGUUGCCAUAUCAGAUACUUCCAGCACCUCAGACAAUGGCAGUAAAUCUGCACAUACAACCAACCCAAGUAGAGACUCCGGUGGUUUAUCAAGUAGAGAAUGUAUGUGCAGAAAAUAUUCCAGUGGUGCCACAAGAUUGUGUACGUGUAAUUACACAGACGCCAACACCUCCAACGCUGUCUCCCGUGGCACUUCCCUUUGCAAGCGGAGAGGAGUUUACUAUAGAACAUACUUUGCAAGGUCUCCCUACAUUGGCUUCUUCAGUCAGUGCCUCCGUAAUUAAAUCUCUACCUGACACUACUCAUGCCUCAAUACCACCUCCUCCACUUCUUCUUCCAGCAGUGACAACAAGGAGUACUUGCUCUUUAAAGCCUAACAGCAUUCCAGGAAUAGACCACAAGUUUCCUCAAGCUAUUGUAAAACCUCAUAUACUUACCCAUGUUAUAGAAGGUUUUGUAAUUCAGGAAGGAAUGGAGCCGUUUCCAGUAAAUCAGUCUUCCCUGUUAGUGGAGCCACCUGUUAAAGGGCAGACACCUCUAGAUGUGCAAUUUAAGACCAUGACAGGUCUAGCACCUGAGACUGAAAACACAGCAACACUUCCUGACAACUUCACAGACAGAGAAAUGGAUGACUUAACUACUGAGGAAGGUGCUGAAGAGAUGGAAUGUAUGCUUCUGAAAUGUGAGUUUUGUGGGAAGACGGGAUAUCCCAAGACGUUCUUGAGAUCAAAGAGAUUUUGCUCUAUUUCAUGUACAAAAAGGUACAACUCAAAGGGCACAAAGCAUAUUGGACUCUUUAAAACUGGUAAACCAUGUCGAUGGAACAGAAAAAUUGAAGGAAAUAUUGGACAACGCGGAAGACAACCUAGUAAUUCAGGAGAGUUAAUUGGAGAACACUUCCUUAGACAGCUACCAACUUCCUAUUCAUGUCCAGAUGAAGCUUUAGAGGCUUCCCAAGAAGAAUCUACCCCUGUUGCAAUGACCACACGUUUACGUCGGCAAAGUGAAAGAGACCAUCAGUUGCGGUUUCUCCAAAUAAGAAAAGCAACUUCAAAUUCUGACCUGCCAGUAAAAAGAAACACUGAACCCUCUCUAUGGACAGUUGAAGACGUUUGGACAUUCAUAAGUUCUUUGCCAGGAUGUCAUGAUGUUGCAGAGGAGUUCAGGACACAGGAAAUUGAUGGACAGGCUCUUCUGUUACUUAAAGAGGAUCAUCUCAUGAAUACAAUGAAUAUUAAGUUGGGACCUGCAUUAAAGAUCUGUGCUCAAAUUAACUUGUUGAAGGAGACAUAAGUAAUGUGAAUUAAUUAAGUGAGCUGCUCUUAAAAUAGUACCAUGAAUAAAGACUUUUACUAGUAAAGGCUGUAUGCUGCAGUGAUAAGACUGAUGGAUAGACGUAAACAUGUAGCUUUCAUUUAAAUAGUGAACAUUCAG